AUGGCUAACCCCUGUUCAGGGAUGACUUUCUACACAUCUAGGGAUCUCUGGUUGUUCCACGUUGGCAAGAGGCUCCACUGAAGCAGACGACGAGCCGCUGCCGUUGCAGUCUGUUGCAGUCGAAGAUCUAUAUUUUUCCUGAUAUUCCUUCUCUUUAUUAAUACGUUAUGAAUCUAAUAGCGGGUACGCGUUUUCGGUAAAAAAUAAAUCAGUUAAAUGUAGCGUGAUAUAAUGGAUCAGUUAAUCAUAUUAGUGGCGGCAGUACAUCUUCUGUACUGUCCGUUCACGAAAGUCGAAGAAAGCUUCAAUGUUCAGGCAAUGCACGACAUCUUAUACCACGGCUUUAACCUUACGCAGUAUGAUCAUCAUGAGUUUCCUGGAGUCGUGCCAAGAACCUUUUUGGGACCAAUUUUAAUAUCAGGCAUUGCAUCGCCCAUAGUUGCAAUCAUUGACCACUUCAACCUUAGUAAAUUUUGUGCUCAAUAUGUGGUUAGAGCAAUUUUGGGUUUAUUGGCAAUCACAACUUUCAGGAUGUACCGAAUAGCUUUGCAAUCAAUAUUUGGACUCCAAUUUACAAAAUGGUUUGUGGCUAUUACUGUAACACAAUACCAUUUUAUGUAUUAUCUUAGCAGGCCUUUACCAAACAUUAUGGCUAUGCCACUAGUGCUCUUGGCCUUAUUUGGAUGGUUAAGGCGAAGCUAUGUAAUUUUCAUUUGGUCAUCUGCUGCUGCCAUAAUUAUAUUCAGAGCCGAACUAGCGAUGCUUUUGGGUCUAUUUCUAUUAUAUGACAUAGCAAAUAUGAAACUAACGGUACAGAGACUGCUUAAAAUUGCGGUACCAGCUGGUAUAUUUUUCCUAGCACUGACCAUUACGGUAGAUUCCAUCUUUUGGGGACGCUUAUUAUGGCCAGAAGGUGAAGUGUUCUACUUCAAUACAUUUCUCAACAAAAGCAGUCAAUGGGGCACGUCACCAUUCCUCUGGUAUUUCUAUUCCGCUCUGCCACGUGGACUAGCACUUUCUUACAUCUUGAUACCGUUGGGACUAUUUUGGGAUGCCAGAGUGCGUGCACUUACCGUUCCCGGUAUCUUAUUUGUUCUUUUCUUCUCAUUUCUACCACACAAGGAACUGAGAUUUAUCAUAUACGUCUUCCCAUUGUUAAAUGUUAGUGCAGCAGCUGCUUGUCACAGAAUAUGGGAAAAUAGAGCAAAGACAUCAUGGAACAGCUUCUUGGCUUUGGCCGUUCUAGGACAUCUCGCUUUAAAUGCGAUAUUUUCCAUGUUUCUUCUCUGCGUGGCCGGCUCAAACUAUCCUGGUGGCUUAGCCAUCACCAGACUACAUAGACUCGAAAAGGAUGCCCCCCAGCCCGUCUAUGUUCACAUUGAUGUAUUAACAGCGCAAACGGGAGUGUCCAGAUUUACACAAACCAACCGAUCUUGGACCUAUUCCAAGCAAGAGAAUUUAACUAUCGAUGAUCCAGAAAUGUUGAAAUUUACACAUUUACUGAUGGAGGCAAAGAGCAAAUACUCACCAAACAUAAAACCAUAUCUCAAGACACAUGAUAUUUUGGAUUCCGUUGAUGGUUUCUCUCAUAUUGCAUUAAAUUAUAAUAUGAUACCGCCCAUCAGAAUAAAAACAAAGCCAACCAUAUUUAUUAUGAAGAGAAAACCGAAUAUCGAAUAUGAUGCCAAAAAGGUCAUAGCCAAAAGGAAUUUGGAUGAACCAGUUCAGAUUGAUAACAAUGAAAAUUUAAACAAUAAUAUAAUGAUGGAUGAAAGUUUAGAGUAUAUGGAACCGAUAUUUGACGAUAUUGUAGAAUCGUUAGAAGCAUUUGGUAAGCCAUUAGAAAGUACACAAGAAGAUAUAUCAGUAACUGAGUCCAUACCUGAUACGGUAAUAGAUAUUGAUAGAGAAAAAGAAAUGAAUAAUUUGUCCAUAGAGGUGGAUAUUGACGAGUCUUCAAAUAUACCUAUAAAUGAUAAAGAUUUUAGUAACGUCCCAGAACCGUCAUUGGAAAUAAGCAAGGAGCAAAUAAAUUCUAUUAAAAUGGAUGAAAACGACAACGAUGGAAGAUCUAAAGAGUUGAAAAUCGAAGAAACUCAAGACAUAGAAUCAGAUUUGGAGGAUACGACAAGAGUUCACAGUGCCCAAGCAGAGAUUGAUCAUGAAGUGGAUAAGCAAGAAACUGUCAGUGUUAAAGAGGCAGUAAAGAAAUUGAUUCAAGAAAAAAUGGAGGAAGUCAAGUCAAAAAAGAAUUUAAUGAAUGACACGGAAGAUAACUUGAUAGUUGGCAAACAUGACGUAAAGUUAAAAAAGAAAGUUACAACAGAAAAAGUUGAUGUAUCGAAACCAACAAAAGCAGGACUUAAUAAAGAUUCUAAAGAUUCUCUAACGGAGAGACAUAAGCGUAGUAAACAAAGAGUGUUACACGUUAAAGAUAGCAUAAGAAAUAUUAUUAAUCAAUUUAAGGAAUUCGAAAAAGAUUUAGCGUCAGAAGAUCCUGAAAAUUUGAGGAGGUGGUCGGAUGAUGAAUUCAGCGAUUACUCCGCAGAAAUUGAAGAGGUAGGAGCGGUCUCUUUGGAGGAGAAUAUAAACGAAAUGGAUAGAUUUAUUGUAGAGACUCAAGAUCCAAAUAUCUUGAAAGAUGCCAAAGAAAAUCUCAAAGAGAUUAUAGAUCAAUUUAAGGAAUUGAAAAAUGAAUUGACAUCGGAAGAGGAUGAUCAAUUUGACAAGAUAUCUGCUGAUUACAUGAAUAGACCCAUAUCGGAGACUUUAAUGCUAUUUAGUGAAGCACUGAAGGAUUUAGUUCAAAAAAGAAAAAUAAAAGCCACUAAAUUAACCUUAGAAAUUAGCGAUAAAGUCGAUAACAACGAUGUAUUGCCAUCGGAAAAUGUUAAAGUUGUAUCACAGUUGCCAAAAAAGACAAAGUUGAAGCAAGAUAGUGUUAAAGGAAAAAAGUCUUCGAAAGUAGAAAAAGUUAAAUCAAAACCUCUUCAUGAUACGAUUGUACCAGAUAGUUUAACAGUAAAUAUAGUAGAAUCUUCCAGGAAAGUUGAUCCUGGUGAUAUUCGUGUUUCAUUCAUUGAAAAUGAAUUUCAAAAUUCUCAAGAGUUUAGUAGUAACAUUAUAAAUGAUGUUGUAGUAGGGGAUAGAGUUUCUAAUGAAAAUUUUGAAAAGUCACAAGGAAGUGGCAAAGGUAGUGUGAAUGUUUGAGUGUUUUUAGCAGUAAUGGACUGUUUUUUAAAUCAAACACGUCAACAUAUUACAUAAUAGUUACAUUGUAAAUAUGUUUCUCUCUGUGAUACCAACAAAAUUGUAUCUCUUGCUUGUUGCUUGCUCGGUACCAACAUGGAAGGUGAUAGGCAUUAUUUUUUCUUUCUUUUUUUUUCACAAGAGGAGUACAUGAUAUUACGCUUAUCGGACAUUGCAUUUCUAAACAUAUAUGCGUUUAAUUAUAUGAAUCACAUUAAUUUAGCAUUGUUAUUUUAUAUCACGUUACAUCACAACUCUAAAAUUCAGAUACCGAAGAUGACGAGUAAUUAUUAUUUUCAUUAGAGCUUUUUAUAUGCAUUUCAUUGUUGGAUUGAACUAACAAGUUCUUGAUACUAAUUUCCAUUCCGACAGAAAUCUUUGUAUUUCCCAUAAUCAUAUAACUUAAAAUAUUAUUCAGCAUAUAAUUCCUGUCUGAAGGAAAAUACACUAAAAAAACAGUCCUUUUUUCAAUGUUGGUACUUGCCAGGCUAACUUAAAAGUGCCUUAAAAAAUUAUCUUCCUAAAUCCUGUAUAUUGUAUUGCGUAAGAUAUAUACGAAAUAUGUAUCAUUGUUUUACAAAAAGUAAAGACAUUUAUGGUUUUCA